AUGACGUAUCAGUCAUUAGCUCUAAUAAUAUUGGGCUUGAUCAAGAAGAACCAACGGAAAGUACGGAGACUAGUGUUGAUGAUUCAGAAUUAGCUAAACUGUCUGAAAAUAAAGGAUCCGAUCUCGCUAUGGACGAGAUGCCUGCAGAACCACAGACAACACCUGAAACGGCUCCGGAUCAAACCUCAGCUCCAGACCCAAACGCCAAUUUAGAAGGCGAUCAACCAAACACAAAAGUAUUGCCAAUCGAAGCCAAAUUACUACAACGAAAUCGCCCUCGUAAAUCCUCCUUGUCGCCCAAAGUAGACCUGAAGAUAAUCGUCCCGCCCCGAGAAACAACAGUGCGCAGAAAACCUGUACAAGAUAAACCAUCGCAUCCUACUCGUGGUAGAUUUAAUACAUUAAGAAAAGAUCUCUACUUAGUAUUUCGGUUUUUUUGUAGACUAUCUAUGCGUACAGACACUGGUGGUAAUAUACAAAUGGAGGAAAUCAGUAUCCGAGGACGUGCCCUCGUCUUGGAGCUUAUUCUUUCGAUGUUGGACAAUUCGGGCCCUGUAUUUCAAGUUGAGGAUGCAUAUAUAUCCCUCAUUCGUCAAGCAUUAUGCGUUUCACUAUCGCAAAACGGCGUAUCGUCUAAUGAGCAGUUAUUCGAACUCUCACUUUCUAUCUUUUUAAUGCUCUUUCGACUCUAUCGAGCGCCACUUAAAAAAGAACUGGAGGUACUAUUUGCUGAAAUCUAUUUGCGAUUUCUUGAUAUGUCUAAUGCGACGUAUAAACAGAAGCAGAUGGUCUUGCAGGGUUUAAUGAAAAUAUGUUCUAAUCCUCAAUCUUUGGUUGACGUGUACUUAAAUUAUGAUUGCGACUUAUCAAUGACCAGCGUAUUUGAGAAGACAGUGAAUACACUAAGUCGGGUUGCUCAGGGAAGAUCGAAGAAUGUAAGUGGAUCAGCUAUGGGAAGUAUAAUUGGCGCUCAUGCUUCUGGACUGUUGUUAGAUAAUAAAGCUGAUUUGGUUGCGUUACAAGAAAAGAAACUUAAAGUGCGUGGUUUGAAAUGUUUAGUAACUAUAGUAAGAUCGCUGGUUGAAUGGUGUAAGGAUUUGGAUAAUAAAGAAACCGGAAUUAGUCAGCCAGAGAAGGCAAAGCCACCGGAAACUGCUGAGGACAAAACUACCAUUAUUUUCUCAAAAAAUCCUCUUCUCAAUAUAUCCAUGAAGGAAUUUUCAACAGCUCACGGCAAUAAUAGUAAUAUUAGCAUUGGGCUAUCUGACUCGGAGGAUAAUCCUGCUCAAUAUCAAGAGAUAAUGACGCGUAAACAAACUCUCCAGACUGGUAUUAGACUGUUCAAUACGAAACCACAGAAGGGAAUAGACUUUUUUAUUAACCAUGACUUUCUCAAGAAUGAUACCCAGAGCAUAGUAUCGUUCUUUGCUUCUACUCCAGGGCUCAGUAAGGCAGCAAUUGGUGAAUAUCUUGGCGAAAGCGAUCCUGAGGCUAUAAAGAUCAUGUAUGCAUUUGUGGAUUCGUUAGAUUUCAAAGGUCUUCAGUUUGUGGAUGCGUUGCGUACAUUUCUUCAGACUUUUCGCUUACCUGGCGAAUCGCAAAAAAUUGACCGUAUUAUGGAAAAGUUUGCGGAUAGGUAUUGCGAAAAUAAUCCUGACGUAUUUGCAAACGCAGAUACAGCUUAUAUACUAGCAUAUUCGAUAAUAAUGUUGAAUACAGAUCAGCACUCUGUUCAAGUAAAGCGGCGAAUGGAUAAAUCCGAAUUUAUAAAGAAUAAUAGAGGAAUCAAUAAUAAUAAUGAUCUGCCGGAUGAAUUUCUAGGGGCUAUUUUUGACGAUAUAGCUGUUAAUGAGAUUGUUAUGGAAGAAGAGCAAAUAUCGGAAGUGGCAAAAACAGCGAUUAACAUUGCCAAUGAGAGAGAAAGGCAGCAAAUGUAUGACAAGGAAAUAUCACAAAUGCAAAAGAAGAGUCAGGCAUUGCUUUCUAGUAGCAGACAAGAUCAGAAGGCUUCAAUAUGGCGGAGUGCUACUCACUCGGAUCAUGUUAAGCCCAUGUUUGUUGUUGCAUGCUGGCCAUUGAUGGCUACUCUUAGCGUUGUAUUUGAAGAGUCUGAGAACAUAUCGACAACAGCUAGCAAAGGAAAUGAAUUUGCACAAGCUAAUUCAGAAGCUAUCGAAUUAUGUUUGGACGGAUUUAUGGGCGCUAUACGAAUCAGUAGUGUAUUUCGCAUGGAUGUCGAGAGAGAUGCAUUUGUGUCUUCACUCGCUAAAUUGACUGGACUCAAUCAUGUGGAUGAGAUGAGAUCUAAAAAUGUGGCUGCAAUUCGUACCCUAUUAUCUGCUGCAAACGCAUAUGGUGAAGGUCUGCAAACGUCUUGGUUGAUUGUAUUAAAGACCAUAUCUGCGAUGGAGAGAUAUCAGCUUAUAAACAGCUCAGGUUCGGUGACAUACAGUGCAGAGGACGCAAGCGGACUAGAUUACUCGCCACAGAAUCAGUCAACAACGGGUGUAAUUAAUAAUCAUUCCAGUGCGUCUGCUGCUGUUCGUAAUAUCACGCGACGCGGUUCAUUGGGAGGUCUUAUGAGAGAGUUCCAAUCACAGAGUACAAUUAUAGCAAUCGACAGAAUAUUCACUAGUAGCGUUAAACUAAGCAGUGAUGCUAUUGUACACUUUGUUAAUGCUCUUUGUACUGUGUCGCUGGAAGAGGUUGACGCGUCAAGAACUGCCCCAAGAAUGUACAGUUUACAGAGGAUAGUAGAAAUAGCGUAUUAUAACAUGUCACGUAUACGAUUCGAGUGGACUCAGAUAUGGAAGAUAUUACAGCCACAUUUCAAUACUGUCGGAUGCCAUCCGAAUAAUAUUGUUGCUACGUUUGCCAUAGAUUCACUUCGACAACUAAGCAUGAAAUUUCUCGAAAGAGACGAGUUGUCUCAUUACAAUACUCAAAGCGAAUUCAUGAAACCAUUUGAGCAUAUCAUAAGAAACAAUUCAUCCCCUGCAAUACGAGAGUUAAUCAUUCACUCACUCAUACAAAUGAUAUCAGCAAGAGCGAAGAAUAUCAAGUCCGGAUGGAAGAGCAUAUUUAUAGUUUUUGGUCGUGCCGCCGGUGAUGAGAAUCCGCAGCUGGUCGAUAAUGCAUUUGGUACAGUGAGAUUAGUGUAUCAGAAACAUUUGGAUUUGAUUGGGUUAUCAUUUGGGGAAUUUGUCAAUUGCCUGGUUGAAUUUGCGUUCAAUGCUAAAGUGGAAGAGAUAAUAAACGAAUCCAUUAGAAUGAUGCAAGGAUGUGUAAAAUUAUUAGUAAAGGAUAUAGAAGAAGGCGACAAGAAGAAUCAGAAUAUAUCUUCUACAUUCGCGGCAUCAUCACCAACGACCACAUCAGUAACUAAGAAGAGACUCCAGCACAUAGAAGAAGAACAAUUUUUCUUCAAAUGGUUCCCUAUAGUGUCUGGUCUAUCUCGACUAGUCAUUGAUCAUGAUUCUCAGGUCGUAAGAACAAAGGCACUUGAUGCACUAUUCGACAUUUUAAGAAACACUGGCUACCUGUUUGAAACUUCGUAUUGGAGUAAAAUAUUAAAGAAUGUCAUCAUCCCCAUAUUCGAAGAUAUCAAAGAAUCAACACAAUUACAAUUACCCACAACAGGCGAUUUUCAGCGUAGAGAAGCGACCACUGAAAUAUGGAUACAAACAAUACGCCUAAUGGUAGAUUUGUAUACACGUUUUCAUGAUCUAUUCAAAGAUAAUUCUGAAUAUCUGCUUGAGCUGUUAGAGCUAUUCGUAGCCCUGCUCAAAAGGAAAAACGAGAAAUUGGGACAAACCGGGAUACGGUGUUUCCACAACUUGAUAGCUAGAAAUGGUUCACGAUUCGAUAGUUCGACUUGGGGGGCAGUGACUGAUACUCUAGAACAGAUUUUCACAGCAACAACGCCAAAGGAAUUGCUCGAACUUGAAAUAACGGGUGUCCAUGAGAAUACGGACGCGAAACACACUAGUCAAGUAAUCGUGGGAGCAUCUAAUCCAGUGCCAGAUGAUAUAACAGACACUGGUGCAGGGGUCGGUGGAACUAGCCGCCGCAACCAGCAUAAUCCGCCCGCAACUCCUGGAAAGGUGGAUGUUGACUUUCCAAAUGCUAUCAUCAAGUGUGCAGCUCAACUCAUUAUUAUUCAAUCAGUGAAAGACUUGGCGUUAACACAUACAGUGGCGACGCCAUCGAGUAAGGAUGAAAUGCAUUAUCUAGCCCAGAUGCCAGCCGAAUAUCGUAAUCGUUGGUUAAGAUGCCUAUAUAAUUCAUAUCAGUUUGCUCACGACUUUAAUGCCAACCACGAACUGCGUCAUGCCCUAUUCAAGUCAGGUUAUGUACAACAAAUGCCGAAUCUGACGAAACAGGAAACUCUAUCUCUUUCAGUUUUCCUAUCUAUUCUCUACGAUUUGUAUCGUACGCUUGGCGACGAUGAUUCCGAUCUGCUUCCUCCAUUAAUUGAAGAAUCAACCAAAGUUCUUGAACGAUUCAUAACACUAUUGUCGGCCGACAUGAUGCAGAACCAACAGCGUGAUAUUAAUAAUUGGUCUCCAUUGGUUAUUACAGUACUCCGUGAACUAUGUGCCACACCGUGGGAGGAAUCCCGCGGAGUACAUGUGCCUGAAUUCUACAGAUUGAGCUUGAAAAUGAUUGGCGUAGACAGGGCAGACGUUAGAGAGUACAUGCAAGAAUUUCUAGAGAAAAUAGGAAAUGAGUUUUUAAAUCCAGACCGGUGGGACGUAUAG